AUGUACCAUCAUCAUCAUCAUCAUCAUCAUCAUCAUCCUCCUCCUCCUCCUCCUCCUUCGACUAAGUUAGUUCAAUCGGAUGAUAACAAUUUCCAUAUGGAUAAAAUUCGACUGAAGAAAAUAUCACAAGGAUCCAUCAAAAUAGCUGAUGAAUAUGCUGAUGCCUUAUUGUUGCUUGUACUAAAGAGAUGGUGUUUGUACAUGCCGAGAUUAUCAUUAACAAAAGCAGCAUCAUCUUCUUAUCAUCAAAUAAUUCCAUGUCAUCUAACGGGUAUUAUCAGAAUGACAAUAACCAGGGAGAUAAUAAGAGCAACGUAG